GCUUCGCGCAUGGGCAUCAUAGGGAGUCCUUGGUUUUGAGACUUUCUGUCUGGGGGUGUAGACGCUGCAACCCACGGAGGCAAAAUGCAGAGCUGGGGUCGUGUGUGUUGUACCGUAAGCAAGAAGAGCAAUUUAAGCCGUAUCCCACGUGGGUUGCAGAGAAUAUGCGCUGUGCCAUUGAGAACCUAUUCGGACAAAGCCUUGGAAGCAGAUGUCACAGUCAUUGGCUCAGGGCCCGGAGGUUAUGUUGCUGCUAUCAAGGCUGCUCAGUUGGGUUUUCAGACCGUUUGUGUGGAGAAAAAUGAAACUCUGGGAGGGACCUGCUUGAAUGUGGGUUGUAUCCCCUCUAAGGCUUUGCUGAACAAUUCUUAUCUGUAUCAUUUAGCUCAUGGGAAAGACUUUGCAAGCAGAGGAAUUGAAGUGACUGGCCUUCACUUAAACCUGGAAAAGAUGAUGGAGCAAAAAAGCGGAGCAGUAAAAUCUCUUACAGGCGGUAUUGCUCACUUAUUCAAACAGAACAAGGUAGUUCAUGUUCAAGGUUCUGGAAAGAUCACAGGCAAGAACCAAGUGACGGCAACUAAAGCCGAUGGUAGCACUGAAGUUAUCAACACGAAGAACAUUCUCAUUGCUACAGGCUCUGAAGUUGCUCCGUUCCCAGGAAUUGAGAUUGAUGAAGAUACCAUUGUUUCAUCCACUGGUGCAUUGUCUCUGAAGAAAGUGCCUGAGAAGAUGGUGGUUAUUGGUGCUGGCGUAAUUGGUGUAGAACUGGGCUCUGUAUGGCAGCGGUUGGGAGCAGAUGUUACAGCAGUUGAGUUUUUGGGACAUGUUGGUGGUAUGGGCAUUGAUAUGGAGAUCUCAAAAAAUUUCCAGCGUAUACUUCAAAAACAGGGUCUUAAGUUCAAACUGAACACAAAGGUCACUGGUGCCACAAAGAGGUCAGAUGGGAAUAUUGAUGUUUCGAUUGAAGCAGCUGCCGGGGGUAAAGCAGAAGUGGUAACGUGUGAUGUUUUACUCGUGUGCAUUGGCCGCCGUCCCUACACCCAGAACCUUGGUUUGCAAGAAAUAGGGAUUGAGCUGGACAACCGGGGAAGAAUCCCCAUAAACAGCAGAUUUCAGACAAAAAUCCCAAAUGUUUAUGCCAUUGGUGAUGUUGUGGCUGGACCGAUGUUGGCUCACAAAGCAGAAGAUGAAGGUAUCAUCUGUGUGGAAGGGAUGGCAGGCGGAGCAGUUCACAUUGACUAUAACUGUGUUCCCUCUGUGAUAUAUACUCACCCUGAGGUUGCCUGGGUUGGCAAGACCGAGGAACAACUGAAGGAAGAGGGUGUUGAGUACAAAGUUGGUAAAUUUCCAUUUGCUGCAAACAGCAGAGCAAAGACAAAUGCUGAUACAGAUGGCAUGGUGAAGAUUCUGGGCCACAAAUCCACGGACAGGAUGCUUGGUGCUCAUAUUCUUGGAACAGGUGCUGGAGAAAUGGUUAAUGAAGCUGCUCUUGCAAUGGAAUAUGGUGCCUCAUGUGAAGAUAUAGCCAGAGUAUGUCACGCCCACCCUACUGUAUCAGAAGCCUUCAGGGAAGCAAACCUUGCUGCAUCAUUUGGCAAAGCCAUUAAUUUUUAAGUUAACACAAGAUCAUGUGUGGUGACAUCUGCAACAAUGUAAAGGACUCUUGUCAAACCAGUUAAAAACUUUUAGUAACGUGGAAUACUCCAAUCCCAAAAGAGUGUAAAUUACACUUAAAAGCUGCACAAGCACACUUUCUGUAGACCAGUUCCAAACACCUUUUAAUGAUUGGAAGCCAUGCCAUAAAUAUUUAUGUGAUGUAAAUAUAUCUUCCAAUUAUGUACAAAACCGAUAAUAAAUCCACCAGUUAACCUGGAUCAGUGAAUUUAAGAUUGAGAAAGGUUUGGUCCUAUUCUAGAAUCUAUUUCAACCAAGAGAACUGAUAUUUGUAUUCUAUGUUGGGGCUGAUUAUCUGGCUGCUCUUCAUUUCUGUUGCCUUGGUCAUUUUCCUCCGAAUAUGUGUAUACACUUCUAGCGUUGAAUAUUUUUUUUCAUAUUUGAACUGGGAGAUUUAUUCUGAAUUCAACUUUGUUACAAUGUCUGAAAUCCAAUAAAUUAUAUUGGAGCAUCAAAAGUAAAGUCAAAAAUGUAUACUAA